AUGGUGACUCUAAUGAAGGGAGAAAUCGCCUUCCAUUCCCAGCCUGGCUGUGGCUCCACUGUGGCGUUUUCCGUGCCGGUGGCCGUUCCCUCACUACAAGAACACUCCUCGCCACAAGAACACUGCUCGUUACAAGAACGCUGCUCAGAUGAGGAACUUGUCGUGUUGGCAUCGCAAGAGUUGCAGAUUUUCGAGGAAGGAGCAGGAGCAGCAACGAGUGCGUCAAGCGGGAGAGCAAGCAGAAAGCUCCGGCGAUACGUGUCUGCAGUGGAAACCACUGCCACAAGUACCGGCCUGUGGGCCGCGGCAGAUGAGGCGGUGACUUGGGCGUGGGUGGGCGGGCUGCGAGUGCUAGUGGUGGACGACACGCCCGUCAACCUCCUCGUGGCCCGCCGCUCCCUCUCCCGCUGGGGGGCCCGAGUCACCACCGCCUCCUCCGGGCAGCAGGCAAUGGACUUGAUUGCUGCUGGCUUGCAGGAGUGCUCCCUCGCUCACUGGGGGGCCCGAGUCACCACCGCCUCCAGUGGGCAGCAGGCAGUGGGCUUACUUGGUGCUGGCGUGGUGGAAGGGAGAGUGGUAGAGGAGGGCAUAGGCAAAGAAGCAGUUGUGACCACCGGCAUCCAUGGCCAGCAGGCUGUUGACUUACUUGCUGCUGGCUUGCAGGAGGUGCGAGGGGAGGAGGAGGGAAGGGGAGUAGAGGAGACGAGAGGGCAGCAGGAGGGGAGAGGGCAGCAGGAUGGGGGUGCGUCGUUGCAGCAUGGCUUUGACUUGAUUCUCAUGGACCUGCAGAUGCCAGGGAUGGAUGGCUUCGAAGCAGCAGCAGCUAUUCGAGACCUUGAGAGGAUGGGACUUGAAGCCAUUUCCAAGGCACAGGAAUUGCAGCAGCAGAGCCAGCCGCAAACCCCUGCUUCCCUGCCCGUCCCUUCCCAAGAAGUUUCUAACGCUGCUGCUGCAUUUGCGUGGCCCGUCUCUCUCCCAGAAGCCUCGAGAACUUGUUUGAGUGCAGCUGCUGGUGCUGCCGUUGCUGGCGGUGCUGCUGCUGGUGCUGCCGUUGCUGGCGGUGCUGCUGCUGGUGCUGCCAUUGCUGGCGGUGCUGCUGCUGGUGCGUGGCCUGCCUCUCUGAGGGUGCCCAUAGUGGCUCUGACGGCAGACGUGGAUCGCGGAGUGGUGCAGAGGUGUGCAGAGGGGGGGUUUGACGGUGUGCUGCAGAAGCCAGUGGAUGCCCACCUGCUCGCCGCCCACCUCUCCCAAAUCCACUUCCACCGCUCUCUUGGCCGGUAG